CUGGCUCCUACGUCCUACCCCUUCCCCCAUGGCUGCGCCACCGCCCCCGUCGCGCUCCUGGGCGGGCCUUCCCGUCGCAUUCCUGCACGCCAUCCUCCGCCGCGUCCCGUGCCCGGACGACCGCCGCCGCACGUGCCUCGUCUGCCGCGCGUGGCGCGCGGCGGCCGCCGGCCUCCCGCCCACGGGCCCGCCGCGCGCGCUCCCGUGGCUCCUGCUCCCCACGCCCGGCCCCGACGGCUCCACCCGCGCCGCCUGCUGCGCCCUCGGCGGCUGCGGCGUCCACCGCCACCUCACCGUCGCCCCGCGCGGGGCGCGCUGCUUCGUCUCCCACGACGGCGCCUGGAUCUUCCUCCACUUCCGCGAGCCGCGCAGCCACCAGCUCCUCAACGUCCCCACCGGCCGCGCCCGCGAGCUCCCGGCCGCGCUCCUGGCCCGGACCGGCCUGCUCGCCCACGACAUGGCCGUUCUCGCCGCCGCGCUCUCUUCCUCGCCGGAAGACGCGGGUUGCCUCGCCGUCGCCAUCGUCGCAUCCGGGCAGGACGACCCGGCGGCGGGCGCGGGCGCCUCGGCCGCCGUGCCGCCGCGCCCACGUCGCCGUCGUUGCGUCGCGUUCUGGCGCAUGGGGUGGCCGCGGGCCUACGAAAUCGCGCCGCCAGGCGCCUUAGCCCCCUUGGACGCGGAGGACGUCGUCUACCACGACGGAGCCUUCCAUCUGCUGCUCACCCACGGCGAGCACGUCCACGUGUGCACGCCGGCCCUGCUUCCGAACGGCUUCAGAACAGACUGGGAGGAGCGCCGCUUCCAUCCCGGUGGGCGCACCGACGACGGCCAGCACGUCCGCGCUCGCUACCUCGUCGUGUCCCGCGGGGAGCUGCUCAUGGUCGUCAGGUUCGCGGACGGUCCUGCUCCGCCAUGGACGACGUCCAGCUUCAAGGUGUUCCGGGCCACUAGAUGGCGGAUGCUGUUCCCCGACCUGGCCCGGUCGUACCCCUGGGCAUGGAGCGAGCUGGACGCGCUGGGUGGCCGGAUGCUGUUCGUCGGCUAUGGCUGCUCCAGAUCCUACGAGGUGGAUCGGUACCCCGGCUUCAAGGACGGCGUCUACUUCUUGGAUGACGGCAAGUUCUACGACGAGGCCGUGAUCUUCGGCAACGACGAUGUGAGGCAGUACCCUUGCGGCGACAACGGGAAGUGGUCUCAAGGCCAUGUCCAGCGCUGCUUCCCGAGGCCGGACGCGUCGGACCACUCUCCUCCGGCUUGGCUUCUCCCUUGAGGCAGCGACAGGUUUUCGGCUAGAUCCUGAGUUGAUUAGUUUCAGAUCAUGUUAACUGGACAUGGUGGGGUGGUUUCUGAUUGCAAAAUUCAGGGUGAGAUGGUUUCUGAGAUCAAUCGGUUUUUGUUGAC